UGUGCGUCUGUAAAUGAGAGAGAGAGAAGCGAAUUACUAUAAAUCAAACGCAAAAAAGAUAAAUGAAAGGAGAACAGAGCAGCGCAAUCGCACUCAACACAUAUUCCACACACACUCAAGCGCAGCCAGAGCAGUUUCUCGGUUUUGCCAGCGCCGGAAGGCGACGCGUGUUUCAGAUUGACGAGAGCCAGCAACGCGUCGAGUGUGCUUUUUAGCGACGUGCGCGUAAAACAAUAGGCGACAUACAUAACUAAAUCCAAGCCACACAAACGUCAGUCAGAGAGAACAAACGAGCUUUCUUGCGAGAGAGCGAGAUAGAGAAGAGAGUGCGAGUGCGAGUGAAUGGAUGUUUGCCACCCACAGCAGUAGCGGCGAGAAGACCAAAGCGAAUGCGAAUGUGUGAACUGCCCGCCGACUAAAACUCUCUCACACAAACACACACACACAAACAUCACAAACACAUACACAUACAAAGCAGACGACACGCAAAAUAACGAAAAUAAAACAACAAAACGGAACGCAAAGAGAAAAACGCCCACCGUACAAAUCGUACCCCCCGCCCCGCCCCCUUUGCCGUUCGCGCGCGUGUUGCCGUUGCCAAAAGCAACCAUAACGUCACAGUUAGCCCUCCAUCCGCACCCCUCCCUCAAAUAAGCGGUAAAGAAGAAGAGAGCCGCCAUUUGGAGCCCUGCGCAGAAAUCGAUUUUUUUUUGCCCAUUUUCGUACGUGUUUCGCGUACGAAGGAAGUCAACCUCAACCGAAAUUCUUUUGAAUGUGCAAACGACGAGGAGAGCAGAUGCAAACGCAUUACCGCUGCAGUUACGCAUUGCUGUGAGAAUUAACUGCUGACAAUUUAACUGCAACGUGAAUCGAUCUCGGCAAAACCGAUGCCAAAACCCGACGCACGCUGCUGCUGCCGCUGCUGUUGCUGCUGCUGUUGCCCCACCCACCACUCGCGCACUUUGACUGUGUGAAUGUGAAUGCGUGUUUGGUAAACGGUAAAGAAACGUCGAUCGGUUUAGUCAGCGAUUAAACGACGUAGUGCAAAAUAAAAACGAAAAAGAAAAAAAAUUGUGCUAAAAAGCUUUUCAUGCACAAAAAAUCCUACGCAUUGUUCAAAUUUAUCUGUGCAUAUAUAUAAUAUGUAUGUAUGUGCGUGGUAUAUAAACGCUAUUUCUUGUUGCUGUCGUCGUGAGUCAUAAUUUAACGUUUUUGUUGUUGCCGCUGCUCACUACUCGACUCGACUUGACUUGACUUGCUGCUGCUCGCUCUGCCUGCCUGGCAUUGAGGUGUUUGUGUUUGCUGCUGUUACUGUCGUCGUCGCCGUCGUCGUCGUUGUCGUCGCUCUCUCUUUGGCGGCGCCCGCUCUCUUGAGCAAAAAACACACACGAAAAAAAUAGUGGCAAAAAGAAAAACGACAGCCAAAGAAUUAAAUAUAUGUAUAUAAAAAUAUAUAUGUAGUGUGUUUGCAUAUAUUACUAUUACUAAACAUAAAAAUAAUAGUAGACAAGUCCAGACAGAAGAAAGCAGCGCAGCAACAAACAACAAAACGAACCGAAACCAAACGAAACGAAAAGGGCAAGUGAGAAGUAUUUAUUUAGGCCACGCGCUGCAUGCGAAAAACCAUUUAGCGGCCACAAAAAUCUACGAAAAAUCAAUAGUUACUUUGUGAGAGCAGCAAACGAAGAACAAGAUAAAGAAGAAAUAACAAAAAGUUCAAAAGUAAGUUGAGCAACAAACAUAAACGCUUCAAAAAAAAACUUGGCAAUUAACUCUGCUAAGCGAAACGAAAUAACAACAACAACGCUAUAAAAAAAAGCUUACGUAAAAAGCUCGCCGCGUCAAACGGUAAAUGUGCAACUGCAAUUGUUAACUAAGAGAAAAUUAACGAAUCGACAUCGGAAACACAAAAAAUCUAAAAUCGUAUAAAACAAAAACAAAAAACCCAAACAACAAAAAUCAAAUAGCGUUAUCAGCACUCCGCCUGCUUCCUGCUUGAAGAACAACAACAACGACACUGUCAGCGCAAAAUGACGAAAGACAGAUUAGCCGCCUUGCAUGCCGCCCAGUCGGACGAUGAGGAAUCGGAGGAGGUGGCCGUCAAUGUGGAUGGCCAUGAUUCGUAUAUGGAUGAUUUCUUUGCCCAGGUGGAGGAGAUACGGGGCAUGAUCGAUAAGGUGCAGGACAACGUUGAGGAGGUGAAAAAGAAGCAUUCGGCCAUAUUGUCCGCACCGCAAUCGGAUGAGAAGACCAAACAAGAGCUGGAGGACCUAAUGGCCGACAUCAAGAAGAACGCGAAUCGUGUACGCGGCAAACUCAAGGGCAUCGAGCAGAACAUCGAACAGGAGGAGCAACAGAAUAAAUCAUCGGCCGAUUUGCGUAUACGCAAAACCCAACAUUCGACGCUGUCGCGUAAAUUUGUCGAGGUGAUGACCGAAUACAAUCGCACCCAGACCGAUUAUCGGGAGCGUUGCAAGGGUAGAAUACAACGUCAGCUGGAGAUUACGGGUCGUGCCACCACCAACGAGGAGCUCGAGGAUAUGUUGGAGCAGGGCAAUCCGGCCGUGUUCACGCAGGGCAUCAUCAUGGAAACGCAGCAGGCAAAACAAACGCUGGCCGAUAUCGAGGCACGGCAUGCGGAUAUCAUGAAAUUGGAGACAUCGAUCAAGGAGCUGCACGACAUGUUCAUGGACAUGGCAAUGCUGGUGGAGUCGCAGGGCGAGAUGAUCGAUCGCAUUGAGUAUCAUGUGGAGCACGCUAUGGACUAUGUGCAGACAGCAACUCAGGAUACCAAAAAGGCGCUCAAAUAUCAAAGCAAAGCGCGACGAAAGAAGAUCAUGAUACUGAUAUGCUUGACUGUGUUGGGUAUCUUAGCGGCUGCAUAUCUUAGCAGUUAUUUCAUUAUCAAAGCAAACAAGUAGCAUGCCUAAGCAUAACAAGACUUUUUUGUAGUGGCU